UGUGUUGUUGGGUCCUUCCAUAUUAGCAUCUAAUGUAACAGGUUUGGCAGGUGUUUCGCCAGUGAGCUACCUGAACAAGGUGUGAUUAGUCAAUCGAAAACACGCAACAGGAACUAAGAGGAAGUCUGUUUUUUAAAGAAAAUGAGUAACCCUAUCCCAUCUAACCUGGGGUCCGAGGCAAAGAAGGCGGCCAAAAUCCUGCGGGAUUUCACCCAAAUCUCCAGCCGUACGGGACCGGACAAACUCAUCCCAGCCCAUGUGAUUGCAAAGGCAGAGGGUCUGGCCAUCAUAUCGGUCAUCAAAGCGGGGUUCAUGAUAACCGCUCGAGGAGGCAGCGGGAUCGUCAUCGCUCGACUCCCUGAUGGACGGUGGUCUGCACCUUCAGCUAUUGGGAUUGCAGGUCUUGGUGGGGGAUUCGAGAUUGGAGUUGAGGUGUCAGAUCUGGUCAUCAUUUUGAACUACAGGCGUGCCAUCGAAGCAUUCGCCAAGGGAGGGAACCUCACCCUGGGGGGGAACUGCACUGUGGCAGUGGGACCAAUGGGCAGGAACAUUGAGGCGGACGUGGCGUUGAGAAGCACAGCUGCUGUGUUUACGUACUGCAGGUCCCGCGGCCUGUUUGCAGGGGUGUCGCUGGAGGGGUCCUGUCUAAUCGAACGCAGAGAAACUAACAGAAAGUUUUAUUCUCAGGAUAUCCGGCCGCUUUCCAUCCUGAAUGGGGAGGUGGAGCCUCCAGAUGCAGCUAAUGACCUCUACUCCAUCCUGGAUGAUUACACCGCCAAAUACACCUCCGACUGGGAGCGCAAAUACCAGCGCCAGUCCACCAAGAGUAAUGCUCCACCGAGACCAAGGCCACCUUCUCAGCGCUUUGCCUCCACCCAGGGCCCUGCCCCCAGCCAGAGCCCCGCCCCCAUUAAGGGUCCUGCCCCCAGCCAGCGGCCCACCCCUAGCCAGUGGUCUGCCCUUAGCCAGUGGCCUGAAGAUGCAAAGCCAUCUCUCUACCCCAAUGUUUCUGCUUUCAAAUCCGAAAGUGCAGCCCCCAGCAGAGCUCCAGCCGGCCCUGUUGUUGUCACGGCGAUGCACCCCUUCGCGGGCCAGCAGCCAGGGGACCUGAGCUUCAAUGUGGGCGACAAGAUCACCGUGACGACCAAAACGGACUCGCAGUACGACUGGUGGGAAGGGCAGCUGCACGGGCGCGUUGGCAUCUUUCCCGCCAACUUUGUGUCCUUCAGCUGAUCUUGGGUCAGUCCACACCCCUGCCCCACACACAGCCUGCUUCUGCACUACUUUACAACGUGGACUCUCUUUUUCUGGGGUUGGGGAGUGUGUAAAAUCACCUCCAGUGUAAAACCGAUUCCUGUGCCAAACAUGGUUUCCUGUGUAAAAUGUGGUUUCUCUGCCACUUAUCUCAAAAAUAGUUAGUAAUAUAUGUAGCCCUAUACUUAGAGCACAUAUAGGGCUACAUAUAAACAGCAAACGUUUUGCUAAAGAUUUUUGCAUUGAAAUUUAACAGAAUUUCUGGUGUUGUAUCAAUUUGUUUCUUAUUGAUUUUAUUUGUUUGGUUUCACUUUUGUUUUAAAAUAUCAUACUGUGGCGAUUUUAAAUUAAAUGCUCAAAUGAGUUCAGCACUUUAAAAUGUCAUUUUCUGGAUUUUUUAUUUUGUCAUUUUUUUGGUUUUUGUUUGGAGACUUCUCUCUAUCAUACUUCUUAGUCCCCACUCCAUAAUCUCAGCUCUAUACCACACUCUAUAAUCUCAGUGUACAACUAAUGUGAGCUGCAGUUACUCAUGGCUAACAGCGUGAAGCUAACGUGAGCUGCAGUUACUCAUGGCUAACAGCAUAGAGCUAAUGUGAGCUGCAGUUACUCAUGGCUAACAGCGUAAAGCUAAUGUGAGCUGCAGUUACUCAUGGCUAACAGCGUAAAGCUUAUGUGAGCUGCAGUUACUCAUGGCUAACAGCGUAAAGCUAAUGUGAGCUGCAGUUACUCAUGGCUAACAGCAUAGAGCUAAUGUGAGCUGCAGUUACUCAUGGCUAACAGCGUAAAGCUAAUGUGAGCUGCAGUUACUCAUGGCUAACAGCGUAAAGCUUAUGUGAGCUGCAGUUACUCAUGGCUAACAGCGUAAAGCUAAUGUGAGCUGCAGUUACUCAUGGCUAACAGCGUAAAGCUAAUGUGAGCUGCAGUUACUCAUGGCUAACAGCGUAAAGCUAAUGUGAGCUGCAGUUACUCAUGGCUAACAGCGUAAAGCUAAUGUGAGCUGCAGUUACUCAUGGCUAACAGUGUAAAGCUAAUGUUGGCUGCAGUUACUCAGGGCUAACAGCAUAAAGCUAAUGUGAGCUGCAGUUACUCAUGGCUAACAGCGUAAAGCUAAUGUGAGCUUCAGUUACUCAUGGUGUUAAGCAUUAUUUAAAUAUUUAUGGUACAGCUGGGUUUCAUGCAGGUUGCUGAUUGGUCACAUUGGGCUGUGUAAUGGUGCAUUUUUAACAGGCUGAUGGGGGGACAUCUUCACGAUUUUACCAGAAAGUAUGACUCAAACAGCACUCUCAUGUUAUGCUGCUGCUUAUGAAGGUAUCUAUUUUUAUACAGUAAAAAUCUGUGCUUGAAAAUGUUCCACCGUGGGAAAAUAAAACCUGAAUUUAAAUGCUGUUAUUUAAGUGUUCAAGGAUCACCAGGUACAUCACGGAUGGAGGGAUAGGAGCAAUGAAUGUGCAGAAUGUGGUGUUAUUUAUUGUCCUAUAAUAAUAGUUUAUGGUGUUGAAUGUACUAUUCUUCUGGCUUUUUUAAAAACUUUAUGUUGAGCCUUCUCCUUCCUCUGUUCACUUAUUUUCAGUGAAAUAGCAAGUUAUACAAGUAUAUCACAUAAUUGAUGUGGUUUUAAAAACAUUUGCUGAUUUAUAAAUUUGAAUUAAAUUAUAAUUUAAUAAAAAAUUACUGUGAUUUUUGUAAGGGUAAAAUCCAUGUGUUAAAGCUUCUAAUAAAGAUACUUUUCCUAGCGUU